CAUAAAGUUUCCACAGCAGUAGUGAAAGGUGAGGAGUUGAACUCUGGGCUCUGAAUAGACACAAAGGACCUCUCCUAGGCUACCAUCAGCAGGAGGUGAGCAAAGAAUGGGCAGCCAGAGUUCAGGGGGGUAGUACCUUGAAAAGAUAUGAUAAAAGCUCUGAGGAAAUAAUUAAAAGGCCAUGGCAUGUGUCUGUUUAAAGUGCGAUUGUAAGCCUUUUUAGGAACUGUGGUUGCCUUGAGAUCUGUGCAGUGCUUGGCACGGUAUGAUAUCCACCAAACAUGAAGUCCACAUAGCGUGACUGAUCUGCAACUUUUUGGGUGGCCAGCGUAUUUCUCCUUUCUGAAACAUUCCAAGAGGAAUACUCCCAAGAGCCUUGCUGGCAUCAUAAAGAUGAAAAGAGACUCUGGAAGUUCCGCCAUGGCUGAGCAGCAGAAGCAGGAAGAGAAGCUCUGGCGUGCCGUGAAGAUCACUGCCUACGUCCUCGGUACAGGCCUGCUCAUGUUCACCGCCUUAGUGAACGCUUUUUCUUGGUACGCGCAGAAUACGUGGGACAUCUUGGGCCGUUUCUGUCAAACGAGAUGGCUAGAGUUCUACUACCUGUUCGAGGGAGACGAGUGGACAAUAUUCCUCCUUGGGGCUGGAUUGGUGCCUAGCCUUGCUUUCUGGUGCUUCAAUGGAGUCCUUAUGGUGGCUGAUGUAACAGGAAAGCCAGCUUUUAUUACUCGCUAUCGCAUUCAGCUGGGCAAGAAUGAUCCUGUGGACACAAAGAAACUGCGCCAAGCCAUCUACGUAGCGCUGUUCAAUCAGUUCUUCAUCUCCUUGCCCAUGCUUGUGCCCAUGUUCUCCGUUAUGAAAUGGUGGGGCAACACCUUCAGCAAGGAAUUACCCACCUUCCGCUGGUUUCUCGUGGAGCUAAGCAUCUUCACCUUAAUAGAGGAAAUUCUCUUUUAUUAUACACACAGGCUCGUUCACCUCCCGCUCCUGUAUAAGCACAUUCACAAGAAGCACCACGAAUGGACAGCCCCCAUUGGCGUGGUCUCCAUUUACGCUCACCCAGCAGAGCACAUGCUCUCCAACACGCUACCUGUCUUGACCGGCCCGAUGAUCAUGGGGUCUCAUAUCGUUUCAGUCACAGCGUGGUUGUCCCUUGCUCUCGUAAUCACAAGCAUUUCGCACUGCGGCUACCACCUGCCCUUCCUCCCGUCGCCGGAGUUCCACGACUUCCACCACCUCAAGUUCAAUCAGUGCUACGGCGUGCUGGGAGUGCUGGAUUAUCUGCACGGAACGGAUACGGUGUUCAGAAAGACCAAAGCCUACGAGAGACACAGGGUCCUCCUCAGCUUCACGCCGCUCUCCGAGAGCAUCCCCGAGGUGCCCAAGAGGGCGGAGUGAGCCCAGCAGCCCGCGGCUCUUGCGGAGCCCAGCGACAAGCAAAGCAAUCGACAAUUAUUUAAGCCAAAUAGUAUUUUAAUUGGGAAACAAAUUAUCGUUCACACACAUAACGAAACCUAAAGCUGAACUUAAAUCAUGCUACUUGAGAUGACUGCACUUUUGCUGCCUGUUAUUUUCUUCUUAAGCCACAAAAACCCCCUGCUCUAGAAAGCUAUUUUUUAAACAAAGUUUAGAGGGGUUAUUUUCUUAAUUGCUUGUGCUGUUCGUUGGUUGGAGCUGCCUGCGUGUAAGGCAGAUGCGUUCUGGGCCACGUGGCUUUGGGGAGUUCCUGGGGAGUUUUAAAGCACUUCAGUUUUCACAGGCCGCACUUUGGCCUCUUUCAGCAGCAUUCUGUAGAAACACCAGCAAGAUCACUGUAGCUACACACGAUAGGCAUUACAGCCACUAUUCUUCUGAGACUCAGAACACCUGGGAUCCAGGACACAACCCCCUGGAAAGUCAGCGGGGCCGCAGCUGUGGAAACACCUGCCCUGCACACACAACAGGGGCCUGACUUCCCCCAGUUUUUCUCCACGCGAGAGGUCGGUACAGGUCUGGAUUAAGGGCUGUCACAUCCUCACCUCCGCUCCACAAACUACUGUCCACAAACACAAAGCGAGUUUCCCCAGCACGGGACAGGGAAGCCGAGCUGGGAGCUCUGGCACAGGCCCUGGUACAUCACCUCCUCCUGCCGAGCCGAGCCUCCCUCCCCAGCCGCCAACAGGUGUUGGUUCGUGCCUCAAGCAGCUCUGUACAAUGACAAACUACGGAAAGAGACUUUCCGGGGGAAGAAGAGUCACUGCUGUCCUGAGCUGUGUGGAGAUUAGUGAAACCCCGUAAGAAAGGACCCAACAAGAAGCACCCAUAGCUUAUGCGUACCCAUAAGUACCCACACAACCCAUCGAGACACGCCGUGAAUUUUCUCCAGGAUCUUUCUAAGACCCGUCUGGGGCCCAGGGACAGAAGUGCCACCUGCCUCUCACCAUUGCUAGACCCGUGUCCUAAGCACGGCCUCCGAGGAGGGGACACGCAGGGCUGCCCCGCGCUGCACUUCCCUGGUGCCAAGCCCAGCUCUGCCCACGGAAGCCAAAUCUCUUCCCCCACCCACAACCGCAGAGGGAUGAACCCUCUCAUCCACCCACGGCCCCCCGGGGAGGGCAAGUCAGCAGCAAA